GCCCAACGGCCCUGGCAUCUACAUCAAGCAGCAUUUUUUUCUGUCCCGAAAGAAGCUAGUGUACAGUUUCUUACAUCGACAAAACUCAGCCCCCAGCCCCCAGCCCCCACUCCACACACACACACAGAGGUCGUCCACAGGCACGCAGACUGGUCACUUUGUCACAGACUUUGCCAAAGUCCGGCUUCAUUAGGUAACAACGACCCUGUACAAAGUUUUCCCCCAAAGGGCAGGUGAAUUCUCUGUGAAAGGGUGGUGGCGAGAGGAUUAUGGAAAUGGAUCAGACUGAAAAUUUUAGGGGAAGCUGUUAAUUUAUUUUACUUUAAAAAUACAGUGAAGGUAAACCGAGGAAAGAAGGGGAAAUGACAUCUUCAAUUGUUGCCGCGGUCCUGCUUUUCCUUGGCUAUCUUGUGAUGAACAGUCAAACGUUGCUAAUAGACCUGCAGACAGGUAACAUCACAGGUGUGGUGUCCAAUGAGACUGGCAUGGAGUGGAUCAGAAAGCCCCUCAGCACCUCCUGCAUCCGACACAAGUGCAACCUCCGCGGGGUCAUCAAGCUGACCCUGAACAACAGCACGCGCAGCAUGGUCAAGAUCGACAUGAAGCUGGCUAUGUACGCUCGCGGCUGGACUUUCCACAUCGGCGACUCCAUCUCCAACAAGGGUUUUGGUGGCGACGACAGCGACCAGUCCAACGACGCCGAACUGCACACCGUCAACGACACCUUCUACAUCUAUGCGAAGGAAGACAAGGACAAGUUGGAGGAGGGCAUGGAUGAAGAUAGUGAUGAGACCCACGAGCGGCUGCACAUGGAACCCAAGUAUGUGAAAUCUGAUGUCAUCGUUAAAAUCAGCGACGAAUUUGUCUCCAUCGACAACAACCACAAGCUGGUCCUCUUGCAGUCUCCCAAGCUGUUCGCCUUGAAGGGUCAGCCCGACUUCCAGGGGCUGGUCAACUAUGACGUGUACUUGGGCUUGAACAAGGCGGUGGGCAGGGCUGACCGAGUCGGGGAGGGGCUGUGUAAGGUCAACAUCACCUUUCUCUCCCAAUAAUUUUGGCGGUUGCAGUGAUGCAUCAUUGAGUCAGGAAAACACAGCAAAACGUGUUCACACGACACCCAGAAGUUGAAAAUUUGUCUAGAGACUCGGGAUUUCUAUACAAGAUAGUAAGAACCAUUCAGGAAUAAAGCUUUGAAGGAAUGUUAAUUACAAUGAA